GUCAAGAGAGAAACGAGUUUCGCCAAUCCCAUCGUGGCUUCACCCUCCUUUAGACCCCCGCCUUUUGUUAUGGAUGUUCUAGUAAGUUCAGCAGCGCCUUACCUCAAACGUCGCGUCUUUUUCAGCUUUUGGUCGCCUCCAGCAUAUCCGUCAAAAGUCCCGCCAGGGAGAAGAAGAAGCAUGAGUCUGCCAAAGAGACAAAAAAUAAAAUGGAGGGCCACCUUCCUGGAUGCUCUCCGGUAGCCCAUCUCGACCCUUCUCUGCAACCUCCUAGGAGUAUUGCUGCCAUUCAAGGGUGGCUAGCAACAUUGAACUUCAGGCAAUAUGGAACCAUCUCUGGUAUCUCCGACAAAGAUCCCUCUCCUGCAAGAAAAGACUUCCGAAAGUCCAGCGACGCCAGAUGACGGAAACAGUCUUCCACCACAGACUCCAACCUCGCCGCCGAAUGCACAAAGGACCUUCAUGGAAGGGGCCAUGUCCUCGUUGCUUUGGGGUGCGUUUGCCCCGUGUAUCCCCAUCGUGAUCGUGACUAGCGUGCUCUUGACCACCAUUCUCCAUUACCGGAUCAACGACAAGUUCGUCUUUGUGUCGACGACUGACCCGGCCACCUCGAGCAACGAAGCACUCGACGCCCUCAAGGGUCUCCAACACUUCAAGAGCUCCGGCGGUGACCAGGCUUAUUAUCUAUACUACAACAAAAUCACCAACCCUUCGGUCUUGCACAUGAUUGCUUCCUGGACGGCAAAGAUUAUACCCUUUGUGACCGGAGCAUCGAUGGCCCUGGUCGCCUUCUUCGCGGGCCAGCAUUUCAUCCGAGCAACCAAGAACAAGUCGGAGAAGUUGCCCAGCCCGCAUCAAGUGUCGAUCUUGAUCGGACUGCUGAACGGAGGUGGUACUCAACCCCUCGUCGAUACCAUCAAGUACAGGUGGCAGCAUGACGAGCACCUCGUGAAGCCUGUUCCCGCGGCAUUUUGGAGCUUGACAUUCAUUGUUGUGAUGACCUUUGCGAUUGGUGCAACCGACAGCUGGUUCGCAGCCACAACCACCGCCCUGAAUAUCGCACUUGUGGUUCCCUCGGGAAAUGUCACAAGGUCCUUCGGGAGAAGUCUGCAAUCUGAAUGCGUUUCGGAAUUGUGGCAACAAAAGCAAUGUCCCUCCAAUGCUCAGGCGGCAUGUCGAUAUCCGUGCAGCAUCAUGAGUUGGAAUACCUCUGUGGGACAAGAGCGGGAAGGUGUCAGCAACGCCCAGCAAGCAGCAGAAACCCUGAUGAGUCGCUCCCUCAACAACACCGUCAUGAACAUCACGGCCAACGGAACCAAUUACUACUUCUUGGGCGAUGUCGGCGCCAACGCAGAGCUCGACUUCAGCGCGGCGGCGCUUGCGGUCUCGACUCAGUGUCGAAUGGUGACCCCGAACUGCACCCUGGACGGCCACGGCUUCACGUGCGGCGCGUACGCCGCGCCGUCGUUUUCCUACUCCGGAUCCGUCGGUUUCGCGCCGGGGGACGUGACGUCCCCAUCCGACAUGGCGAUGGACGACACGGGCGACACGGUGUACAUCCUGGACUGCUCGACUUCCAUCCACGACGCCGAGUACUACUGGGUCAACGGGACCGUGGCUUCCGUCGAAGUCGACGGCGACGGCAACGGGCUCGCACCCGACUACUACGGCGCCGUCUUGAGCGCGCCGUUCGGCACCAACACGGCCCUCUCCCACCUGUCCCUCCAGGACGCGUCGGCCCUGGCGGCGUACCAAAAGGACCCCGGGGAUUUGAGCCUCGUCUACUCCAACUACUUUUCCCGCGCCGCCGUCGCCUUGACCUCGGGCUUUUCCGUCGCCGUGCUCAACGAGCGCGAGUCGACCAGGACCAACAGCUACCUCGCGACACGCGUCCCCUGGGUGCCCUUGUACACCCUGGUCGCGCUCAAGGCGGUGUACGCCGCUUUCGCCUUGGGGCUGGCCUUUUUGGCCGUUUUCCUGACCCACCCGUCCCAGGCUCAAGAGAUCAAGGAGCGGUUGACGGUCGACGGCCUCGCGGCCGCCUUCUUCGAGCCUUGCGCCCAGCACGAGCAGGCCGUCAAGAACGUCCAGGACCUCUUCGAGGAGCACCAAGACUCCGAACCCAGCGACGACACCAAACGCGUGGGCAUGUUGCAGACCAAGCAGGGCGGUUGGCAGUGGGUGACGUUGGCGAAAAGGGCCUCGGACGGGCUCGGCCUCCAGGGGAUCGUGGACCUCGCGGCGGAGCAGGCCGCGGGUCAACAAGGUGCCGUCGGUCAGGCGGCUCAGGGGUUCACCUUGGUCAAAGAAAUCAUUUGAGUCGUUCGAUCAUCUGGUUCUCCGGGGGGGAACGUGGUUGUGACCGGGCAAGACUGAAAAAUCAGGGAUGACUUAUUAUUCGUAUACCAACCAAACGGGUGAAUGUUUACGAUCGGAUAUGGGAUAUACCAGGUGUUUGUCAAUUGCGAAGGGACGAACUCAUCAUGUCGGAUUAUUCACGGCCGGUGUUGAUUGUGUUUCGGGCAACGACGACACAGGGUAAUAUGGAAC